UUAAAGCAUCUUGUAGUGUUUGUUAAGUAUAGCAAAACGUCAUCGUUAACUCAUUUUCGACCAAAAUGGUCUAUGUCACAAGAUAGCACACAGCGGACGAAAUGUCACCAAACUUGGGAUUCAUUGUUUUCUCGCCAUAACCAACCCCCAUGCCAAAUAUGAGCAGAUUUGGUGCAGGUCGAUGUCGGACGCGUGGUCACUUCGGAAGAAUUGACCCACUUAUAGAUUACACCGUGCAACGCUGCAGCUUAUCGCAAAUAAAUUGGCCACCGUAAACGAUGCCAGCUUGUAUUCUUUUCCAUGAAAUCGACUUCUUUUCGGAGCAGAUUUGAUAACGUCAAGCAACGCGCAGUCCGUUGCGUGACUUUGAACGAUGAACACACCGGUUUUCGCUUCAAUUUGAUGAAUUGCGGUUAAAAAUGAACAACAAACAACUGCUGCGAGCGGCCCGACUUCUGCUGGCCAUCGAGGAGGGCAACAUCGCGCAAGUUGGCGCCAUCCUGGACGAGGACGACGGUGGCGCCGCCGCCGUCAACUUCGUGAACCACCACAACAAGUGCCAAACGCCGCUGCACGACGCCGUCCGGGGCGGCGAUCCGCAGCUGGUCGAGCUGCUGCUGAGCCGGGGGGCGAACGCCGAGUUGCGGAAUGUGGACAACAAAAAGCCGCUGGAUUUGUGCGCCGGGCUGGACGGUGGAAGGAGGAGGGCGGUUGAGGCCGUGUUUCGGGAGUUCUUCCGGAGGAAUAAGUUGAGGGUGCGGGGCGUUGAGCGGGAGGGGCAGAAGGUGGAGGGGAUGGUGAGGACGUUCGUGAAGCGUCCGGGGACGGCGGCUGUGGGUCAGUUCUACGAGACCAAGCUGCUGACGAUGGUGCUGUUCCGGCUGCUGAAUGACGAUCGGGUGCGGAGGUUCUACCUGGGGAACAAUCUGGACGAGGCGGGGGCGUUUGACGACAUCGUGCUGAGGGUUGUUGACGAAGGAGGAGGUGAGGGCAAGGUUUGGUGCCUGCAGGCCAAACAUCGGGAGGCGGCGAGCAGUGUGAACUUUCGGGAUCUGAUCAACAUGGCGAAGAAGGGAGGGGACUUUCACUUGGUGAAGUAUUUUGAUAGUUUUUUGAAGAUACGGUACAUGUUUGGGGGAGGCGGGGAGCAUGCGAUAUUCAGGGGGGAGUACGAGUUGGUGGAGCUGGAGCUGAUCAUCUUCACACCGGCGGUGAUCAAUUUUCCUGAGGAAGUUGAGUGUGAAGUUACGGAUAGGAGUAACAUGUUCUAUUCCGGUGAAGGAGGUAAAACAGUUCAAGUUAGGUGCACAAAUGAGUUGUUGGAUAUGUUUGUAGUGAUCUCGGAAGAUUGGCAUAAGAAAGCAAUAGCAGAAAUUUUAGGCAAACUCAUUUUGAUUGAAAAGUAUGACACUACAAAUCUUAAAGAUAGCGUUGAAAGAUUGAAAAGUUCACAUUUUUCAAGUGAUUUCAACAGUUCAAGUAUUCUAAAGUUGUUCGGAAAUCAACAAAUCAUGUCAAUUUCAAACAGAAACCUCAAAAAGAUGAGUGAAGAAAUCGAAGGAAUCCUGACAGAAUCGUUCCUACCAACUCCCGCUCUACACGCCAACCUAGUCGAGCAGUUUUUCGCCCAACUCCGCUUCUACACCGAGCAAGCCACCGAGGACAAGCUGGAACCGAUCGUACGGUCCGACAUCAAGUCCGCAAACUACCGCAGUGACGGACCCCUGUUCUCGAAACUGCACGACGCCGUCGAGUGCUGGUGGAAGCAAAGCGGCGACGUGCCCUUCCAAACGGAGCGCUGCGAACUGCUCGAAAUCGCCGCGAGCCAAGUCGAGCUGGAGCAGCUGCACGAGAACGGGCUGGGCAAGCUCCGGUCGGAUCGGGUCAGGUUCGACGCGAAGGAAACGAGCAAGUGCGGCUGGGUUGACUGCGAGGUCGUGAACGUGGUCAGCGCAACUCCCGAGUUGAGUUGCGUCCGGGUGGUUCAGUACCUGCAAAGUCGGGGCGUUGAUUUUAGGUUUGUUAUCGCGCAGUUUGGAGGUCGCAAGCUGGCCAGUUUGGGGCGAGCUCAGCCGGGUUGUACGAUGGUUGCUUAUCUGCCGGAGGUAGAUAAGGAGGUUGUUGAGGAAUUGAGACGGGCGUCGCUGAAAUUGAUCGUUGUAACGAGGGAGCGACUUGAAGGUGGUUGGAUAUCGAAGUUGGAUGAAAUUCGCGGUUUGGUCGAUCUCGAGGCUGACAGUCAGGAGAAGAUCUUGAAAUCCCAGGUGACGUUUCAAGGUUGCCCAGUUCAACUGGGAGAGUUGUUGGAUCGAGCUCCAAGAAGUUUGAUAGACGGUGAAACGCUGCACAGAAUCAUUUACGAUGACAGUUUUGCAAUUUCAAACAACAGCUUCGCCAUGGACUUUGAAGAGUUGAAGGGAUGCUACGUCGAUCGGGACGUGCUGGACACGCGCAACAACAAGUUUGUAUCGCUGGGUAAGAUUCCGACCAAGGUCGUGAUCGUGGCGGCGGAACCAGGCAUGGGGAAGUCAACCCUGCUGACGGGACACGCCGUGAGGUUGAAAGAGGAGAAUCCACUAAAGUGGAUCAUCAGAAUGAAUUUGCUGGACUUGUCCAAACAGUUCAACGAAUGGAGCAAGGCGAAAACAAGCUUAAACGAAGAACAUGCGUCGAAUCUGUUGCUGGAAAUCACAAGCUUCGAUAGCACUCGAAUCGGAUCCUUCGAAAGGAAGAUCUUCGAGUGGUACUGCAAGCAGCGAAAGAUCAUUUUGUUGCUCGACGGAUUCGACGAAGUAAGUCCCGACUACACCGACGUAGUUCUGCAGCUGAUCCAGCUUUACAAGCGCAACUUCACGGCCAAACUGCGCAUAACAACGCGUUCCGGAGGGACGGAAAAACACUUGGAAAAUGCGCGCAACUUCGUGCAGUACUCGCUGGAACGCUUCACCAAGGAACAGUCAAAGUUAUUUUUGACGCGAUUUUGGCAGUCCAAGCUGGGAGCACGGUUCGACGCGAAAAAGUUCGAAAGCUACUUCCUGCAGCUGCUGGCGCACCUGCUCGAAAAAAGUGACUUUGGCAAGGAUGACUUGAUCAGCAUUCCGUUGCAGAUCAAAAUGAUUGCGAUGAUGUUUCAGGACCACUUUGCAGAGUUCUGCACGUCGCCGGAUGGUUUGGCGCAGUUCGAGAAGCUCGACCUGGUCACUUUGUACGAACGGUUCAUAGAACUCCAGUUCAGGGUGAUCCUGCUGGAGGAGAAAAACAAAACUGACACUUCCAAGCCGUACCACGCGUAUGAAAUGAGUGGAAAUCUUUUGAAAAUCAAAAUCACACACCAGCUAGCAGCAAUCUGCAACUUGUUCGAAUAUUUCAGAAAAACUGACCUGUUCAGCGAUGCUGAAAUGGAAAACUUUGAAAAAUUUCUCGAAAAAGUUCAGGAAUCGCACGAGAAAACGGGCAUUGUGACGAGAAUCGUGUUCGGAAAGCCAAUGUUUGUGCAUCGAACUUACGCCGAGUUUUUCGCCGCUCAAUUUAUCUGGGAAAAGUACGCACUUGUUCAAAACGAAGGGCUGGAUCUGUUCUACACGCUUACACUGCACAUCAUCGAGAAGGAGUUCAACCAGGUCGCGAAGUUUCUGCAGCAAAUCGCUCGGCGGAAGAUUCGCGAGUGUUUUGAAGUUGCAAACAAGGCUUGCGAUUUGCUGAACAAACUCAUGACCCUGGUGGACGAUUCGAUGAAGAAGAUCCCAAGCGUUGCGUUCGCCUCCAUUUUGGGAAUCGUUGAGCAUUCACUGACUUCGGACCGCGAGUGCUUCCUGAAAGUGAAAGAAUUUGUCUACGAACAAUCCGGCGAUUUCCGCGACAUUCUGCUGAUAAAGGCGUCCGAAAGUGGAUAUCUGCACCUGCUUCGUCUCGUAACGGACGAAAAUCCCGACAAAAUAAACGCGUCUUUCAACGAAAUUCAGGGUAAAACAGCCCUACAAAUGGAGGAAGAAUACGCGGGUUCAGCAAUAACGCGAAUUCUCAACGAACUAGACAACGAAAGAAUUCUCGAAAGCUUCCGAUUCUCACCCCUGCAUCGCGCAGCGAUGAAAGGCUCCACGCAAGUCGUGUCCUUCCUUUUGGAAGGUGGAGCGUCCAUCAACGACGCAACCAAGCUCGGCGAAACCCCCUUAUUCUUGGCCUGCGCAGCAGGCCACCUGGAGGUCGUCCAAACAUUGCUUCAGCUCGGCGCAAACGUCAACACAGCUACGGUGGAGUCGCUCACGCCGCUGCACGUGGCGACCCAAAAUGGCCACGCGCACGUUGUCCGAGCCCUCCUGAACGUCAACGCCACCAACCUGCACGACUGUUCCGAACGGGGCGAAGCCCCGCUGCACUCCGCCAUCGCAAACGGGCACACCGAAAUCGUGCUGCUUCUGCUCAAGAAAGGAGCAAACGUGACCGUCGCAGCGACCGAAAACGGGUGGACGCCGCUGCACUUUGCGGUUCAGCAAAACUUGCUCAGCAUAGCUGAGAUUUUGCUGGAAAGAGGUGCGCCCGUUCACGGCGUCAGCCGCGAUCGCGAGGAAACGGCGCUGCACUUGGCAGUGGCGGCGGAAAAUCUCGCAAUGGUGCAACUGCUGCUCGGAAACGGUGCCGACGCGGACGCCCUCGACAGGUGUGGCAAAACGGGCCUGAACUACGCCGUCAGAAGCAAGUCCGUCGAAAUUGUCACCACCCUGCUGAAAUACGGAGCGACUUUGUACGAGUAUGACCUCGGGUGGACGCCACUGCACGAAGCGGCCUCCGUGGGUUCGCUGGAACUGGUCGAGCUGUUCCUCGCGCAGGGCGUCGAUGUCAACCGGAGGGCAAGGCACGGCCUGACACCGCUCAUGUUGGCCAGUUUCGCCCGGCAAACCAACAUGGUGAAGCUGCUGCUGGACAGGGGGGCCAACGUGAACCUGGGCACGUACGGGGAUGACUACAUGCCGCUGCACUGUGCGGCGCACAAAAAUUGCCCGGAAAUGAUUAGGCUGUUCGCGAAGAAGGGAGCGGACGUAAAUUGCCUCGCCAAGAGUAUGGGCUAUACUCCGCUGCAAGAGGCGAUCAGGAAUAAAGCGGCCAAGGCUGUGCACUUGCUCUUGAGUCUGGGAGCUGAUCCUGAUGUGGGCACCAUGUUCGGGUAUACAGCUUUAGAAAUGGCAAGGGAUUAUCUUCAAUGGGACAGUUUGUAAAUAUAGUGCUGAAUCGAUUAUCUGAAGGUUUGUAGAGAUAUCGAAUAAUUCAAUCAAGAAAAAAAAGUUUUUUAUUGCGCAAUUCAACUAACUUGGACUUCUCACUAAAUUAUUGCUAUCGAUCGCACUAUUGCGACUUGUCAAACUUGCUCGGUAAAAUUUAAUUUUCUCAAAAAAAAGCGAGCGGAUGUUGCUCCCCUGUCAAUCGCAAGUUUUAAUGUGCAAAUGUCCAGUUUGUUGUCAAAAAUGCGAGAGAAAAGUGCGGGCCAGAUCCAAGUUACAGUGCAAGUAACAAUAUCUUACUUUGAACAUUAAAUUUGAGUUUUGCAACACCCACUUCAAAUGCAAAAUGCAUUAACUCAAUAUUUCAUCACCGCCAUCUUGGAUCUAACAACAACAAAAACAAAAAAAAAACAAAACAAACCAUCCACUUCAACGACUCACAGGUUCUAUUGUGGUCUAUAUUGCUGCUCGAACCGAGGAGUCCAAAAGCUUGAAUGGGGAAAGAGCACCCAAAACCUGUUUCUACUCCAAGGAAUCCCAGGGUUCGAACUGACGAGACCUUUGGAUUGCGAGGUCAACCGCCGCCAGCGAUUCCACAGGGGCUGGCUUGGUUUGGUAUGUUGUUUGUACUUGGGAGACGACUCCCACACCUGGAAUGACUUAACGCGGCCUAACAACUACCACGAGCCGAGACCGACGUUUUACUUCCCCAUUCGAUGGAAGGCAUGAGCAGAUCGCUACGCUUGCCCUCGAUCUUGGUUCUAAAAAGUCUGAAUCGGUUUGCAGUAGUGAAGAGGUCAUACUAAGGCUCUAGAAUCAAAAAUAAGAAAACGGAAAGAAGAAUGUGUCUUGAUUCGAUUACCCGGAAAAUUUUAUUCUCUGAAGUGAUUUUUUUACUUAAUUUUGGCUGUAAUUAUACUCUAAGCAAAACAGAACAAAAUAAAAAAAACACAGCAUUGUUUCAUUCAUAUUUAUAUUGUUUUCAUUUUUAGCGGUGGAAUUUAAGCUGUAAAAAUCAGUCAAUCAAA